GGCUCUACAUUUUGCGGAUAGUUGUGAAAAUGGUCUCCCUGCAGAAAGUGGGCCUCCAGGACCUGGUGCACCUGCAGAAACUCUACGCCUGCGACGUGCCCAAGUACUGUACGGAGCUGCAGUGUCUCGACAAUUUCAUUGGUCUCCAUACGACUCGGUCGCAUCUGAAGCAUGUGGAAAUUUACACGCUGCCAAAUCAAGAACUUGGACUGUUUGUGAUUGUGGAUCGCUAUCAGAUCUUCGUCGGUUGCUUGGAUGCUGAGCACUCCGACCAACUGCUGGAGCAGGCUCUGCAUCAGCUGGACUGGUGGGGCGGCAUGCAGUGCUCCAGCAUACGCAGCAGAUACGGUGCGACUGUGGCCCGAGUCAUACAAGCCAAAGGGAUUCCACUGCAGUUCGAUGUGGAAAAUAAUUUGUACUUUCUGCCAAGAAAAGCGGCCCUGGCGUUGGACGUGGAAGUGCCCGCUGGGUUUUAUUUGAAGGCACUUUCCCAGCUGGACGCGCACGUUGUGGACGCCGCCUGGGAGUGGAGUCAGCCGGGCAGUUUGUUCUUUAUUGAGCGCCAGAUCGCCACGAGCACCUGCGUGGGACUGUACCGCGAGGACAACCAAGAGCUGGUGGCCUGGUGCAUAAGAGCACAAGACGGAUUUCUGGCUGCCCUCCAGGUGAAGGACUCGCACCAGCGUCGCGGCUUUGGUGCUGUGGUGGUGAAAGAGUAUUCCCGACGCGUUGCCCUGCUGGGCCAUGAUGUUACAGCCGAAGUUUGUCCGGGCAACAAGCCUUCCUCGGGCCUGUUUCGGAAAAUGGGCUUCAAGGUCAUCGAUCAUUGCCGCUGGCUGGCGACACUACCCGCCCAGGGAGACUUUACCUGGCCAGAUGGAGAGUGAUCAUUUUCGAUAAGAAUAAGAAUGCAAUUUAAAUAUAACAAGAUUAAACACAA